UGGCCCUACUCUUUCCUGAUACUAUGUUUUCUUUUGCCCUCAAUAGGUGAGACUACAGUCAAAAACAGUUGUGCUCCCUUGACAAUAGUGAAACUAGGCUGUGUGAUGGACAUGUGAAAGCAAACUAGAACAGAGCUUUGGACUACAACGCCCAGAAUUCCUGAGGCUCCUCGUCAACUCUGAAGCCAAUGAUGGGGGAACAAAGGUAAAGAAUGAUGUAAUGUCAGGACCAGACGAAAAGCAUCUUUUGUUUGAGUUCUGAAAUGGCUACUCUAUAGCCCAGGAUGAAUUGGUUGUGAGGGGCUGCUUUGUGGCGUCCUGUAUAACCAGCACAUCAGCUUGGGAGCUUGAAGAGGCAUUCAUCUUUGGAGGACCCUCUCAAAAGAAAAUGGGUCUAACUUUUCUCUUGCCAGUCACUACCAGUAUGACCUCAUGCACUUUGAGUACAAUGGCAUGGCUAAGCCUUUAAGUGCAUAGCCAUUACAUCAUCUUCAUCAUUGCUGCAAAUUAGAGAGGAAGGCAAGAAAAGCCUCAGUUGUUGUCAUGGCAGAUGUAAUGAAUGGUACUCGACUCAUUGUUGGCGAACAUCUAGUGGCUUUGCUGGAAAGCGGCAUGGAAAAAUUGCUGCUGAUUGACAGCCGCCCCUUUGUGGAAUAUAAUACAUCGCACAUCUUGGAUGCCAUCAACAUCAACUGCUCCAAGCUUAUGAAGCGGAGGCUGCAACAGGAUAAAAUUUUGAUCACAGAACUCAUUCAGCAUUCUGCAAAACACAAGGUUGAAAUUGACAACAAGCAAGAAGUAGUGGUAUAUGAUCAAAGCUCAAAAAAUGUCCCUUCUAUCCCUUCUGAUUCUUUUCUGAACGUUCUGUUGGGAAAACUGGAGAAGAAUUUCAGCUGUGUUUAUCUGCUUGCAGGUGGAUUUGCUGAAUUUUCAAGAUAUUUCCCUGGCCUUUGUGAAGGAAAAUCUGUCCUGGUGCCUUCGUGCAUUUCUCAGCCCUGCUUACCAGUCUCCAACACUGGGCCAACACGCAUUCUCCCUCAUCUUUACCUUGGGUGCCAGAGAGAUGUCCUCAACAAGGAGCUGAUGCAGCAGAACGACAUUGGCUAUGUAUUAAAUGCAAGUAAUACUUGCCCCAAGCCUGACUUCAUCCCAGAAUCCCACUUCUUAAGAGUGCCUGUGAAUGACAGUUUCUGUGAAAAGAUUUUCCCCUGGCUGGACAAAUCUGUGGACUUUAUAGAAAAAGCUAAAGCCUCCAAUGGCCGUGUUUUAGUUCACUGUUUAGCUGGAAUAUCUCGCUCUGCCACCAUCGCAAUUGCAUACAUAAUGAAAAGAAUGGAUAUGUCCUUGGAUGAGGCCUACAGAUUUGUGAAAGAGAAGAGGCCCACCAUUUCUCCCAAUUUCAACUUCCUUGGCCAACUUUUGGACUUUGAGAAGAAAAUAAAGAACCAGAGUGGCCAAACUGGACCACUUAGCAAACUGAAGCUUUUGCAUUUUGAAAAAGGCAGCGAUCAGGGAGUGGGAGGAGGACAGGCCAGCAGCCUUCAUUCCUCUCCUCAACUCUGCACUACUUCUACCUCAGAGACCGUGGAGCAGAAGCCAGUGGAAACUGGGAACCUGCCAGGUUGCUCUUUGCUAUCGCUAGAAGACGGCCCCUUGGUCCAAGGCAUAAUAGGACUCAGUGUGUCCUCUGACCAAGUUGAAGACAAUAACCGACUCAAGCGUUCAUUUUCCUUAGAUAUUAAAUCCGUAUCAUGUGUGGCAAGCAGCAGCUGUGUUACAGCUUCGGGACAGAGCUAUCCUUCCUUGGAAGAUACGUUAGAGUACUACAAGCAUUCAAGCGCCUUGGAAGGUGGCAGCAAGUUAUGCCAGUUUUCUCCUGUUCAGGAGGUUUCAGAACAGACCCCUGAGAGCAGCCCAGAUAAAGAGGAGACAAAGCCUCCUGAAAAAUCCCAGAAUGCCUGGCAGCUGGACAGUCAGAGCAAAUGGCAGCCCUUGGGGAGAAGCACUAAUGCCACUCAGCGGUCACUAUUGUAUCCCUUGCACCGAAGUGGCAGCAUGGAGGACAAUUAUAAAACAAACUUUGUUUUCGGCCUCUCUACCAGUCAGCAGCAUUUGGCCAAGUCUGCUGCUGGGCUGGGCUUGAAAGGCUGGCAUUCGGACAUCUUGGCUUCUCAGGCUUCUGCGACGUCUCUGACCAACAGCUGGUAUUUUGCUACAGAUGCCUCUCAUUUUUAUUCUGCUUCUACUGUAUAUGGGAGCAGCACAGCCUACUCUACCUACGGGGGCAGUCAGCUGCCCACCGGGUGUGAGCAAGCUUAUGCUGUCCGCAGGAGAGAGAAGCACGGUGAUCGAGGGGACUCCCGUCGGAGCUGGCACGAGGAGAGCUCCUUUGAGAAGCAGUUUAAGAGAAGGAGCUGCCAAAUGGAAUUUGGGGAAAGUAUGAUGUCAGACAACAGAAGCCGAGAAGAACUUGGAAAAGUUGGGAGCCAGUCUAGCUUUUCGGGCAGCAUGGAGAUUAUUGAAGUAUCUUGAAGUUCUGUCCUGUGAUUCUACGUUGUUCCCUCAUGUUGUGUAAAAAAUUCCCUGUAAAUCUGAAAUUUCACGCGAAAUACGAACUGUGGGGUUUCAUUGUGAAGGAAAUCAUGGUAUGUGCGGGUGUGCAUUAAAAAAAGGAGUGAAAUGA